GGUAGGCAGUGUGAUCCUGGGCAUCUCAGACCGUUUAGCAUCUGCAAUAGUAGAGCCAGGUCGGAACAACACCAAGAGAACUGUCAAGAGUCCAACAGUGGGUAAGACAUGUUCAUCUUAGUUCACUGUAUGUUUACGUGGUGGAUAUGAAAUUAGGCUGUUGUAAUGCCAACCUGUGUGUUAGAUCUAAGUCUCGAAACUAUCGGACCUGGAAGUGACAGUGCAGAGAGCUCUUCUCUGUCAGCCAAUGGAAACACCAUGGAGAUCAACCUGAACAGUUUGGCCAAAAAUAACAAUGGUUCUGCAGCAGCUGUCUUCUUGACACUAACUGGGAUGGAGAGUCUUCUUAGUCAUCAAUACUUUGAAACAGAAAACCAGACAGAGAUGUACUCAGAUGUUAUCACUGCAGUCUUGCCCUCGAUGAACCAUACCAACCUCACCGAGCCCGUCAACUUUACCAUCCAUCACAAGAAGACGGUACCUGAGUCUGGUUUGGUGACCUGUGUGUAUUGGGAGGACAAAACAGAGGAGGCAGGAAUUGGAGAAGAAAGUGAAACAGGAACAGAAAAGAAGAGGACAAUGCGCUGGUCGGUGGAGGGCUGUUGGGUUGCAUACACCAAUGAAAACUACACAGUGUGCAGCUGCUCCCAUCUAUCCACAUUCGCCCUCAUCAUGCAGAUUGGAGAGCCUCCACCAGAGGAUCCCUUCCUGGAGUGGCUAAACCGAAUGUGUGUGAUUGUGGGACUAUUCUUCUUUGGUUUGGCCAUCUUCACCUUCCUCCUGUGUAGCUGGAACCCCAAGAUCAACAACACAGCCCGUCUUCACCUCUGCCUCAACCUCUUCUUCUCCCAUCUGCUGCUGCUGUGGAACGACGAAUAUGUUGAACAAGAGCUAGCCUGCACCGUCAUGGCGGGGCUUCUCCACUUCUUAGUUAUAGCAGGCUUUGUGUGGAUGCUGCUGGAGGCGUUUCAGCUCCACCUGUUGGUCCGGAGGCUCACUAAGGUGCAGGUCAUCCAGAGAGAUGGCCUCCCCAGGCUAGUUCUCUACCUGAUUGGCUAUGGUGUUCCAUUUGUGAUUGUGGGUGUUUCUGCACUGGUAUAUUCUGAUGGAUAUGGUGCUACUGAGGCAGAGGUGUGCUGGCUCUCAAGACAGCACCAUUUCAACUGGGCUUUAACAGGCCCUGUGAUUGCUAUCCUUGCUCUGAAUUGGAUAUUGUUCUGUGCUACUCUAUGGAGUCUGAGACCCACCCUGGCCAACAUGAAAAGUGAUAUUUCUCAAUCCAGAGACACCAGGUUGAUUUUGUUCAAGAUAGUGGCCCAGUUUGUCAUAUUGGGCUGCACCUGGAUCCUGGGCCUGUACCAGUCAAACCUUUUCUUCCAGGUCCUCUUUAUAAUUCUUAAUUCCCAGCAGGGCACCUUCCUCUUCAUCGUCCACUGUCUGCUCAACAAGGAGGUUAGAGAGGAAUACGUGAAAUGGCUGACCUGUUCUUUCAAUAAGCAUAAUGAAGGAGGAACUGUGAAAGAUGCACCAUCAGUCUCUGAGGACUUGGACAAGGCUGAGUAGAAGACAGGCUAAAGGUGAUGGAAUGCUGAUGACAAAAGAGAGACGGAAGACAGAGAGGAGAGAUGCAGACUGUGUCCACUUUGAACCAUUAGUCAUUACAUGUUAUUUUUUGUUGUCAUUUUUAUUGCGGCUGGGAAUGACAAGUCAUCAAAUGUAUAUGUACGUGAGGGUGUGUUUACUGCUACUGUGUUAAAUCCAUUAGCCAGAAUAAUUGUUGGCAUAGUACACCUCUGCAAACCACAGAUAUGUAACAUUUGCACAUUAUGUUGUAGCGGAUAUAUCGAAACUUUACGUUUCUUUAUGUUCCAGUAAUACUGUGGUUAUGUUUUGGCACAAAAAAUGCUUGGUUACGGUUUGGAAAAGAUCAUGUUUUGGUUUUAAAAUGCACAGUUUUGGUGCCACAAUAGACUUUUUUCACUGCAGACAUUUUGACAUGCUGUACAUACAUGUUCAACGGCUUACUAGGACACUUAAUGGAACUGAGCCACCGUUAAUGUUAUCAGUUUCCCCUGUGCUUUUCCUACUAUGACAAGUCAAAACGUCUGCUGUGAAAAAGGUCUAUUGCCGCUGCAGAAGUUUGUUGGUCUUGAACAGUAGUCAGCAGGUUGGCAUCCGGCAUCCACUAUUUGCUCCACCUACCAGGGACGACGUCAGCUAAUAUACAUUUGAUCAGAACUGUGUCACUUUAGAAACAUUGAUAUGAUAUGUAACACAUAUAAUGUAUUCAUGGUUUGCAGAAACAUACAAUUCAAACAUUUUCUUCUGGCGACUGGGCUGACUACUGUUCAUUGUGUCGUUUUCUGAUAUGUUUAAUUUUCAACAUUUUUUCUUUAUUAUUUCAAUUGUUUUUCUCAUUCAAUACAUUUUUUUUGUUCAUAUGAAAGUCUUGCUGACAUCCAGAGAUGUAUGUGCGUGAUUAUACACAUGCUUGUUAGACUUUCCAAUACAACAGGAAGUAAAAUACUGUGUCAACCACUGAGCGCUGCUGUGCACAGAUUUCAGCUAAAGUAGCAUUCCCCCCCAAUAGCUAAAACUGAAUGUCCAUCCUGUUUCAUGUGUUUCCCUGCUGACAGAAGUGGAGGAAAGUUGCUGUUGUUUUUAACUCUGCCCUGCACACUUUGUGUCCUCAUAAACACACGUGACGUGGUGCAUACUCAGGUGUGUGCUCCGGGUCUGAAUCGGCCCCUAC